AUGACAAAUGCCUCCACCUCUGACUUGCGGGGCACAAACCAAUUGCAGAAAACCCAGCGUGACUACACUGAAAGUUUCCUACAGAGGCUUGAUUACAUAUUUUGGCGCUUCUGGGCACAAUUAUCGGACCUGGUCACAGCAAAUCAACCUGGACCCCAGGAAGAAACCCAGAGCGGGGUGAUGAAAAGUGCAGGAAGACCCCCAUCGGUUGCAAGAAUUACCAGCCACAUACCUGGGCAGAGAAUCGACCGAGGCUUAGCCCCGUCACGCCAUCCACAAAUGCGCUGUCCACCCAAAAGCAACAUCUACCAUUCAAGUGAUUCUUCUGUUACCCACUGCGGGGGAAGGACUUGGUCUCCUUGA